AUGUCCAUCACUGGUGAAGAAUUCGCUAAAGUAACUUCAAAAGUCCUUGGUGAGUCAAAAGAAUACAAAGGAGAACCAUGUAUUGGAUAUGACUUUGACAACGGAGUUGACUUUAACAAACUAAUGGAAAAAAUGAAAUAUACUGGGUUUCAAGCUUUGAACCUUGGGCUAUGCAUUGAACAAGUCAACGAAAUGAGAAAGAGUCAUGCAAAGAUAUUCCUUGGAAUGUCUUCUAAUAUAGUUUCAAGUGGAUUAAGAGAAGUUAUUCAUUAUUUAGUGAAGAAUAAAUUUGUUGAUGCCAUUGUAGUUACUGCAGGUGGAAUUGAAGAAGACUUUAUUAAAACAAUGCACCCAACACUCCUUGGUGACUUCUAUUUUAAAGGUAAAGAAUUAUAUCCAAAUGGAUAUAACAGAAUUGGAAAUUUAAUUUUACCAAAUUCUAAUUAUUGUGAGUUCGAAGAUUGGAUGGAUCCAUUACUCUUGGAAUGUCUUAAGCAACAAAACGAACAUGGAGUUCAUUGGACACCAUCAAAAUUGGUUCAUAAAAUGGGGGAAUCUAUUAAUAAUGAAAGUUCAAUUUAUUAUUGGGCUGCAAAGAAUAAUAUUCCAGUAUUUUCUCCAGCAAUUACUGAUGGAAGUAUUGGUGAUAUGAUAUUCUUCUUUAGUUAUAAAAAUGAAGGACUUGUUUUAGACCUUGUUCAAGAUGUCAUAAAAAUAGAUGAAAUGGCAUUUAAUGCUGAAAAGGUUGGUUGUCUUUUAGUUGGUGCUGGUAUUGCUAAACAUCAUAUUUUAAAUGCAAUGAAAAGAAGAGGAGGUUGUGAUUAUUGUGCUAUGUUAUCAACAAGUAUUGAAUGUGAUGCGUCAGAUGCUGGUUCAGAAGUUGCUGCAGAUAGAACAAAAGGUUUCUUUAAACCAGAAUGUAAGCCAGCUAAAGUUAUUGGAGAUGCUACUAUUCUUUUACCACUUAUUGUUGCUUCAACUUUUGCAAAAAAAGAAGAAACUACUAAAUAG